AUGAAGAAACUUUAUGGAUUUUGGAAAAUAUGCAUCUAUACAACAUUUGGUUUAAGGAGACAAAUCGAGAAAAAAGAACUGCACGAGUUCUGGAAUUGUUCCCUGAAAAUACUCCACCAGCAGAGACCCAGCCAAAACCCACUGAUGCACCAAGGCUCAUUGGAAUAGGUAGUCAAUAUGAUGGCACGCUAUCCCUCACCAGCUUCAUUGAUUCUGAACCAGUUUUCUCUGAAGAGAACCCUUUUAAAGCUAUGCUACUGCUCCUUGCUAUCUAUUUUGUGGUGGGCAUCAAGUGGCCUCCACUCGUUCGCCUCCCUCUUAUUUUUCUUACCUGUGCCAUAGGUUGUCUCUCAAAGGUUCGUUCAGAUGUUGUCAGGAACCAGAAGUUUGUAACUUUUUUACGGCAAAUGAAAGCCUAUGAAUAAGUUCAACUGAUUGUGUGUUGUGUGUGUAUUUCAAAUUCUUUUAUUUUUUUGCCUUCACGUGAAGACAAAUUCUUUAGAAGAAAAAGCAUUUUGAUCUCUUUUUAUUUUUUGAAUUUUUGUUAAACACAUCUUAUGUACAUGGACAUAUGCACAGAUGCUGUUUUCAUUAUGUUGAACUAAAAUUUUAAGUUACCACAGCCAUGUUGUAUUUAUAGCAGGUUUGGUUUUUAAAUUGGACCCUUCUGUAGAACUGUUUGAAUGUAGAGUUCAGCUCUAAUGAGUAUGAAGUACAAUUGUAGUACAAAUAAUGAAAACAAAUUACAUUUCUUUUGUUAACUGCAACUCUUUGACCAUUAUUUUUGGAAAAUUUGCCCUAUUUCUAAUAAUAAUUAAUAGUGAAGUGUCUGUUGGAGUAUUACAAUCAAUGGUUAAGUUUGUGGUGUCUCAAGAAAGGAAAAGCUAACAGGAAAAAUUAC